CCAGCCGCAGUGGGUGAACCCCGGGCUGUCGGGCGGUCGGCCAGCCGCAGUGGGUGAACCCCGGGCUGUCAGUCGGUCUGAGUGCUGCUGGUGAUGGCGGCGGCGGUGAGUGAGCUGAUGGUGGGCUUCAUCGGAGCCGGGAAAAUGGCCUUCGGCAUCGCCAGCGGCCUUCUGUUGUCAGGAAAUGUGAAACCUGAGAAGGUGAUAGCUUCAGCUCCAUCAAACAACAACUUGUAUAAAUUCAAGGAGGCUGGGAUGCAGACAACACAUUGCAAUACCUCUGUGGUGGAAAAAUGCCAUGUGCUCUUUCUGAGUGUCAAACCUUCUCUCAUGUCCAGCAUCCUGAAAGAGAUUUCUCCAUUCGUCACACCAGCACACCUCAUCGUCUCUAUUGCUGCUGGGGUUACUAUAGAAACUCUGGAAAAACUGCUGCCUGUUGGCACCAAGGUGUUACGAAUGAUGCCAAACCUCCCAUGUGUGGUGCAGCAGGGCACGAUGGUAUUUUGUCGUGGGAGCAAUGCCAAGGAGCAGGAAAGUGCUGUCCUGAAGAGCCUGCUAUCUUCCUGUGGACUGUGUGAAGAAAUUCCAGAAUCCUACAUAGACAUCCACACAGGGAUCAGUGGGAGUGGAGUGGCAUAUGUUUACGUAUUUGCUGCGGCACUAGCAGAGGGGGGUGUUAGGAUGGGAAUGCCGUAUGAAUUGUCAAAGAAAAUGGUUGCUCAGACACUAUUGGGCGCUGCAAAGAUGAUCUUGGAGACUGAGGACCAUCCAGAGAAACUGAAGAGUGAUGUCUGCUCACCAGGUGGGACCACCGUCCAGGGCCUGUAUGAGCUGGAGAAGGGGAACCUACGCUGCACUGUCAUGAAUGCGGUGGAAGCUGCAACAAAACGGGCCCGUGAGCUGGGUAAAAACUAAUCCCAGCAAAGGAGGAAGCACAAUGGGAGUAGGGCAUGCUCCCAGAACCACUCUGUUUACAGUGUUUGCCAUCAGUGUCUGGGGCUCAAGAGGGACUAAAGAUAGAGACUAAUUUAUCUUUGGUGGGUAGGGGCAGGGUUUCAAAGGUUAUCUGAAAUCCAGCAUUAAAAUAGAACAAUUUCAAAUUGGGCAUAUUAGGUACUAAAACAGAAGUUGCUGGAGAAACUCAGCAGGCCUGAUAGCAUCUGUGAAAAGAAAGCAAUGUCACUGUUUUGGGUCCAAUAACCCUUCAAGCCAAACUGCAUUUGUUAAACUUUGCCUUUUUUUUCUGCUUCCAUACAUGAUGUUGAACAGGUUUACUGAGUUAAAGUAAAAUUAAAAUAAUCCUUUUGCUUUGGGCAAA